CGCCAAUUCUCUCUCUCUCCCAGUCGUUCUACUCUCUCUCUCUCUCUCCCUUCGUAGAAAACAAUGUCUUCGUUAGGCCGUUCAGGGGGAAAUGGAGGAACCGGAGGCGGUGCCGGCGCCGGCGCCGUCUCUCUUCAAUCGCAUCUUUACUUCUGCUACCAGUGCGACCAAACAAUCGCAAUCACUCCAUCACCAAAUUCAGAGCUAUUUUGCCCCAACUGUAAUGGCAGCUUCGUUGAAGAGUUGGAAAAUCAAUCUGCCGCCCCUCUUCCUCCCCCUUACCCUGGUUCCAAUCCCUUCAGUUUCACCUUCUCAGGAAACUCAUCUGGAUCCCAUCCCCUUUCAUCUGGUCUCGGCGGUUUCCCUAUCGCCUUUUCCACCUCUUCGGGUGGAGUAGGAGGAAUUGGGGAAGGGAUUGAAAUAAGGAACCCGUCAGACCUUUCUUCUUUCUUUGGAACGGUUAACCGAUCGGAUUCCUUCCAAACCGCAGGUGAAUUCAAUCCUCUUGCAUUUCUUCAGAAUUAUAUGAACACCCUGAGUGCUGGUGGCGCUAAUGUUCAGUUUGUAAUCGAGAACAAUAGCGGUGAUGGGGGAGGUCCUUUCCGACUUCCUUCCAAUCUAGGUGACUACUUUGUUGGUCCUGGUCUUGAACAGUUGAUUCAACAGCUUGCUGAGAAUGAUCCAAAUCGGUAUGGUACUCCUCCUGCAUCAAAAUCUGCUGUACAAGGUCUUCCUGAUAUUAAGAUUACAGAUGAAUUGCUUGCUUCAGAUUAUUCUCAGUGUGCAGUUUGUAAAGACACUUUUGAAUUGGAUGAGCAGGCAAAACAGAUGCCCUGCAAGCACAUGUAUCACUCUGAUUGUAUCCUCCCAUGGUUGGAGCUGCAUAAUUCUUGUCCUGUUUGUAGAUAUGAGCUUCCUACUGAUGAUGCUGACUAUGAGAACAUGAAUCGAGGAAACCCUACUGCUGCAAACGUGGGUAUCCCAUCUGGUUCUUCUGCCUCAAAUGUUAAUAGUGGUGCUAGAGGUGGAACUUCUAAUGAGAAUUCUCAGAACCCUGGCUCGUCUGAAAGAAGGUCUAGAAUAUCUUUUUCCUGGCCAUUCGGUUCAUUUGGUCAACCUGCAGAGACAAGCAACAGUGGAGCCAUGAACAAUGCUGGUCAAGGAAACAACUCUGCUGACAACAAUAGUGGUGGUGGUGGAUCCAACUCAAGGACUCAGACUAGGGAAGAAGAUUUGGACUAGAAGUGAUGUUUCUGGAGAGCAGAAAGGAGAAUUUGCAUUGGACCUGCAUCUGACUGUUAUUGGUGAAAAGUGGAGUGACCUCUAUUUAUUAUUAAAAGCUCUAGCCAUUGGUUUGGUUUGGUUUGAUUUGUGUCAAAUUUUGGUCAUUUCAUUUCUCCAAAACUUGUGUUGAUUUUGCAUGUCCUAUGCACUUUACUCUACAGAUCAAAUUUUUUAUUGCUAUCUUCAUAUGAAAACUGGAUUAUAGUUUUUGUUGAUGGUUAAUCAAACUUUUCCAUCAUUUAUAUAUAGAACUAUAUUUCAUGCAA